AUGGACUCCCUGGCGAUCCGCGAACUAUGGCUCUCGCCUCCACCACCCCGGGACAUCGGAUAUGUUGCGCGGAUACCCUUUCUGCAAGACUUCCCCGAUCGCGUCAGCGCUCUCUCGCCCGCCGCAGUGCCACGCGCCGAAGAGGAAGCGCAGCCGACCGACCCCAUGGAUGUAGACACGGACGAGGAGGAGGAGGAGGAGGAGGAGGAGGAGGAGGAGGAGGAGGAGGAGGAGGAGGAGGAGGAGGAGGAGGAAGAUCCCGGAGAGCACAUGGACGACUCACCGGACCGUGCGCCAGUCGGGGAUGAGCUGCGCGCGCGACGCCCCGCCUCGGAUCCGGACGUCGACGUCGACCCCAGUGGCGCGGCACGGGCAACACCCGGAAAGCGCAAGAGGGACAGCCGGCCACGCCAGCGACCCACGCACGCAGGAGAGGGUACCUUCAAGCGCGCGAGGCUGGACGAGAGAGACCGGCACUUCCUGCGGUGGUCCACUGAAGGCAGACGGUCCCUUCUGCUCGGAUACUCAGGACCCUGCUGGGAGUCCCAGCGACGGCUUCGUGGGGAUGCAGCAGAGGGACCUCAUAGGAGGAUCGAGUCAGGGGAAGAAAGCAACGCCUAUGAUGAGGACGAGGGGGAAGGAAUCGCCAAGUGGGGUGAAGACUCCCCGUUCUUCACGACCCUUGGCAUAACAAAAGCUUCCCCGAUAGGAACUUCGGACUGUGGCCUCAAGCCUGGUGCCGCCGCAUCCGGAUGCAUCGCGUGGCGAAUCUCGGGCGUCCCUCCCAUCUUCGCCGCCACCAUGGAUUUCAACCUGCUGCCGUUCACCUCUGGAGUCAAUCUCCACGCCUCAACCAUGUACAUCCAAUUCUACACCGAGCCCCCUCCGCCUCCGCCGUACCCGCAACCUGAGUACGCGGCCGGUUGUCCAGACCCGCUCUUCGAGGACCCACAGCAGCAGCCGUUCUAUGUAGACAACGACCUUAUCCCGCCCCACGACAACCCGCAAGAACCGCCCCUUCAAUCGCCGACACCUCUCCUCCCGGUUGAGGAAGCCGCUGCCCCCCCGGCAGACAACGACCCCGUUCCCGACGCCGCUCCCCCGCCGUCCGCGCCACCCGUCCGCGCCCCCGCAGCCUCGUCCUCCGCGCAGAAAGCCCCGCAGACCCCCAAGAGACCGAAGGACGGCCGCACGCCGGGGGUCCCGCCCACCCCACAGAGCCGCCGCUCGAAGGCUUUCAGGGACGCGGACGCCGCCAAGGCGGCGCAGCAGAAGAAGGCGCGUGCGUCGCGCCGGCGCCGGCGCGAUUCCAGAGCGGAGUAG